CCCGCGCGCACCCCGCCGGGCCAGGCAUGGGCUUUCCGCGGCCGGCCCCUCUGCUCCUGGGGCUCCUGCUCCUGCAGGGCGUCCCGAGGCCGCUGCGGGGGGACCUGGCGUUCCUCCCGCCCUUCAUCCGCAUGUCCGGCUCUGCGGUCAGCGCGGCCCUGGUGGGAGGCACGGAGGACGUGAAGGUGUCCCUGGCCGUGCUGCGCGGCGAGAAGGGGUUGUUGCCAGUUCCGGCUUGUGGAGGGCUGAGCAAUGAGACUGGAGACUGGAAUUUGACUGUGACGCCUGGUGUGGUGAGGCCAGAGGACGCAUUGGAAGUGACCGUGAGGCUGAAGGGGCUUCAGCAGCUAUGUUCCUUGAAUGAAACAGAUCCCUUCUUAGCAUCCCCAUGUGUCCUCCAAACCCUUCUGGUGUCAGCAUCCAACGGGUCCUCCUGUUCAGCACAUCUGCUCAUCCAAGUGGAAAUUUAUACUAACACUGCUCUGGCCCAGAAUGCAUCAGAGAACACGACUGUCAUCCCCAACCAGGUGUAUCAGCCCCUGGGACCUUGUCCUUGCAAUCUGACAGCCGGGGCCUGUGACGUGCGCUGCUGCUGUGACCAGGAAUGCUCACCCGCUGCACGAGAGCUCUUCAGGGACUCCUGUUUCACUGGUGUUUUUGGAGGUGAUGUGGACCCUCCCUCUGAUCAGCUCUGCUCCACUGGUCCCCCGGCACAUGGAAGGCCUGGAUGGUUUCCCCUGCUGUGUGUGAUGUCCCCCCCGGCCAACUCACCCUUCCUGGGACACUUCUACCAUGGGGCCACUUCCUCUAGCCAGCCCUCUCCCCUGGGGGUGACCGUGCCCACCGACCCAAAAGGCGCCUCCGGCUUCGGAUACAAGCAAGGGGACCCCAUCAGGACCAGCGAGGCACACUUGACUAUCCCGCAGGUGUCCCUGGCCGGGCAGUGCGUGCAGGACGCCCCCGUGGCAUUCCUUCACAACCUUGAUGUCCGAUGCUUUACGCCUUUGGAAGUCUACCAGGAGCGAGGCGCGAUUGACGUCGUGACCAACAGCGCCGCGGGCCACACGGGAGGUAUUGUCAUACCCAAUGUCACCUACGAGCAAGCAGCUGACCUGGACAAGUUCAUCACCAGUACAGAAACACUUUUAAGUGUUGGAUCUACCCCCAAAAUUGUGAAUGUGGAAGAACAUUAUAUUUUCAGAUGGAAUAAUAAUACAAUCACUGAAAUAAAAGUCAGAAUUAUCCAGGCAGCGGUCAGUGCCCAGCAGAAAGGAAUCAUGACACAGAGAUUCACCGUCAGGUUUUUGAGCUACAACAGUGGUGAUGAAAAGGAAUCAUCUGGAAAUCCAGGUUACCAGCUUGGCAAGCCCAUCCGAGCUCUAAACACCAAUGGAAUGAAGAACGUCACGACUUUAAACCUUUGGCAACCAGCCGGGAGGGGUCUGUGCGCAGCAGCAGCCCUCAAGCCCAUGGGGUUUGGCGAGAAUGCGAUCUCUGGGUGCCUUUUAGAAGUUGGGGUGAAUGAAAACUGCACUCAGCUCAGGGAGAAGGCCGCCCAGCGGCUGGAGGCGCUCGUACAAGCAACGCAUGUUGCAGUGAGAGGCAACUCCGACUACACUGACCUCAGCGACGGCUGGCUGGAGAUACUGCGUGCAGAGGCCCCUGACCCGGGUGCAGGCCCGGCUGCUGGCGGCCCGAACGGCGUCUGCCCGGACAUCCCCACUCAGCUGACCGUCCGCAUCCUCUUCUCAGACACGGGUGCCGUGGAGGGGGUUCCUCAGCAGGAGAUCCUGGGCGUGGAGACCAGGUUCUCCUUGGUGAGCUGGCAGUUCCAGUGUGGGCUCACCUGUGAGGAUACGGCCGACUUCGUCCCGCUCAGUGCCUCCGUCCAGUUCAUCCAGAUACCAGCACGGUUACCCCGUCCACUUACUAGGUUCCAGAUCAACUUCACGGAGUACGACUGUAACAGAAAUGAGGUGUGCUGGCCGCAACUUCUCUAUCCACUGACCCGCGAUUACCAAGGGGAGCCUUAUCCUCAGUGCGUCGCCAAAGGCUCACUCUUGGCGUCCUUCUUCAUCUUAGCCGUGCUCCUCAGUCACCCCUGGACCAGAGUGUGCAAGGCUUGGAAUCCAGCUGCCCUUUGACCCCUCCAGGCCGUGCACUGGACCUCAGGGCUCCAUUGCAGGCCGACGUGCCUCUUGGUAAAACUGUAAUAAAUGAAAUGCUUUAUUUCUGUAGAAAAUGUCCUUUAGUGCUCUGUGGAUUUAAAUCACAUCUCCAGACACUGGAGCCAUGUGGGGG